UUCUCUCUGUUUCCGAGACGUUCACGGUCUGAACGGCUUCAACAGCCGCCGCUGCCGCCGCUGCAUGUCGCGUCCAGACUUCCACACUUUUCUCCGUCAAUCCUCGUUUUCCGCCCCCGAAUGAAGAUAUCCAGGUAUGCCAAAGGAAAAAUAUGACCCUCCAGAUCCUCGCAGAUGUUACACCAUCAUGCCAGCAGAGGAGGUGGCCAGUGGGAAGAAGUCUCACUGGACUGAGCUCGAGAUAUCAGGUCGCGUGAGGAGCCUGAGCAGCUCGUUAUGGACGCUCACUCACCUGACAACGCUGCACAUCAACGACAACAACCUGAGCCGCAUCCCGCCGGACAUCGCCAAGCUGCCCAACCUGGUCUACCUGAACCUGUCGUCCAAUAAGCUGCGGAGUCUGCCCGCCGAGCUGGGCAACAUGGUCUCUCUCAGGGAAUUGCUUUUAAACAACAAUCUAUUGCGAGUCCUGCCUUAUGAACUUGGGAGGCUGUUCCAGUUACAAACUCUGGGGCUUAAAGGAAACCCUUUGUCCCAGGACAUCCUAAACCUGUACCAGGAGCCCGACGGAACCAGGAAGCUUUUGAACUACAUGCUUGACAAUCUUGCAGUUCAUCCAGAGCAGCUGCCUCAAAGACCGUGGAUCACUCUGAAAGAGCGAGACCAGAUGAUCCCCACAGCCGUGUUCACAGUCAUGUGUUACAACGUGCUGUGUGAUAAGUACGCCACGCGGCAGCUCUACGGCUACUGUCCGUCCUGGGCUCUCAACUGGGAAUAUCGUAAGAAAGGCAUCAUGGAGGAAAUCACCAGCUGUGACGCCGACAUCAUCAGCCUGCAGGAGGUCGAGACGGAACAAUACUACACCUUGUUUCUAGAAACGCUAAAGGAGCGCGGCUACGACGGCUACUUCUGUCCAAAAUCUCGUGCCAAACUGGUUUCUGAACAGGAGAGGAAACACGUGGACGGCUGCGCGGUGUUCUUCAAGACCGACAAGUUCACUCUGGUGCAGAAACACACUGUGGAGUUUAACCAGGUGGCGAUGGCCAACUCUGAGGGGUCAGAGGUCAUGCUGAACAGAGUGAUGACCAAAGACAACAUAGGGGUGGCGGUCCUGCUCGAGGUCAACAAGGACACGUUCUCCAGUGGGAUGAAGCCUCCUCAGGAGCGACAGCUCGUCCUGGUGGCUAACGCUCACAUGCACUGGGAUCCCGAAUAUUCGGACGUGAAGCUGAUCCAGACCAUGAUGUUCCUGUCGGAGCUGAAGAGCAUCGCCGAGAGAGCGUCGGGCUCCGUGGCGACCGGCUCGCCGACCUCUGACCCUUCGUCCAUCCCCAUCGUCCUGUGUGCUGACCUCAACUCGCUGCCGGAUUCUGGUGUGGUCGAGUACCUGAGCGACGGCGGCGUCGCCGACAACCACAAGGACUUUAGGGAGCUGCGAUACAGCGACUGUCUGACCAACUUCAACUGCAACGGCAAGAACGGCAACUCUGACGGAAGCAUCACACACAGCUUCCAGCUGAAGAGCGCCUACGACAGCAAUCUGAUGCCUUACACCAACUACACGUACGACUUCAAGGGUGUGAUCGACUACAUCUUCUUCUCUAAGACCCACAUGAGCGUGCUGGGUCUGCUGGGACCUCUGGACAGCCAGUGGCUCGUGGACAACAACAUCACGGGCUGCCCGCACCCCCACAUCCCCUCGGACCACUUCUCCCUGCUGGCCCAGCUGGAGCUCCACCCACCCCUGCCCCACCCUCUCAACCCCCUCAACGGGCUGCACCUGCCCGUCAACAGGUAGUGCAGCCCGCCCACUGUCCCUCUUCCUGACCCUCCCUUUUAAACACUGCCCCCCCACCCAGGUUUAUACAGGACCGUGUACAGUUCACUCAGAAACCAUCCGAACCCUUCCAGCUCUACGACACCGACCAAUAGGAGUGAAGUGUUGGCCCUGUUGGUUUUUGCACACUGUAAAUGUUUUAUUCUAUUUUUCCCUUUGAGAAAUUCUUGAUACCAAAUGUUGGGUUUGGGAUGAAGCUGCUUUUUUUCUUCUUUUUUUUUUCAUGAUCACGGCUGACUGUUGCUAUGACGACAAACCUUUUUAACAUAAAUCUGCUCCACAGGUGUCAGCUGA